AUGGCCUACGAAAAAUCAAUCGAUAUCUUUGAAAUCGCCAGGUCAAUGUUCAAGUACCCAUGGCUGGAAUAUCCAUACAGGACCAAAGAACUCAAAAAGGCCUCGGUACCUGUUUACCUCCCCUUGUCCUGCCACCAGACACCAAAGGAAGAGUUCCCCCCAAGUCCAGAGUGCUGGAGGCAGCACCCAGCCAAGCCAAACUCAGCACCAUACUGCUACUUUGACACGCCUGAGAUGUACACGCACUGGCACAUCCUGUAUGAUCAUCAACAGAAACGGGAGGCCCAGAAGACGUUGCAGAAAAUGAGCGCUCAACUUAAGUGUGAUUUACUGUUAUUCUCCAUACCUUCUGCACCUUCUAGGAAAGAGAAGGAAAGGAGAGACUCCCUUCCUGUGAAUGCCCUUACCUUGGGCUCUCACCAUCCUUCAGCCCUCAAUCCCAUAAUGGAGGACAGCGAGGAAAAGGGAUUGGAUUGGAUGAGCUCCUUUCAGUUUGAAGUUUUACAACUAUAUUUAUUCCUUUCCUCCUCUCCACUGGCUCCUUUGGAAGGGCAGGAACUCACAAAAAGCCUGAAAUCUCCCAGAGAAGAUGAGCAGUUCUAUGCAACACAGGCUCUGGGGUGCCUGGGCAUCAGUGAUGAGUCUGUCAUAGAGGCACUACUGCAGGUGGUCGAAACUGGUCCAGAGAGAGUGAAGUAUGAGGCUUAUAGAACCCUGGCCAUCCUGGGUUGCCUGAAUAAGGAUGUGAUCCAGGCUCUCAUCAAGCAGUUGAAGGAGCCAAAUGAGGAGCAAAGGAUGGAUACUCUGAGGGGACUACGAGUAGCUCUAAAUUCCUGGGCUGCUAUCCCCAAAGACAAGAGGACUCAAAUCGGGGAUGAAGGGAUGCUGGCAUCUGUGCUGCAGAUGCUGAUACAGAAGUCAAAGAAUGAAGCAGCCAUGGAGGCAGCCCUGUGUUUGGGUUUCCUGAGACCCUGCAACAACACAGCCCGAGACUUCUUGCUGCAGUGCCUAUGCCACGGGCUUAUGUCCCAGAGGAUGAAGAUACUUAGGAUGCUGGUCAAGAUGAUGCGUGUACACUCAGCCGAGGUCAUCAGGGCCGUCCUAGACCAGCUGUGCUAUUCUUGUGUCCUUGAGCACCGCUUUGAGGCGACCCAGAUGCUCAAGACCAUUGGGCUGGAACAGAUCCAGGCACAGGGACUGGAGGGACUCACAUUUGACCUACUCAGGAGGAAGAUAUUUAAUGAACCCUUCCUCGCUAUGAGGCAGGUUGUGGCUGAAAUUGUGGACGAGUUCAAGAUGAAGCCCAUGAUGAUGAACUUGGUGGAGGGGCAACUAAUGAACCCACAAGCUGCUUCACGCCGGGAAGCAGUCAUCUCUUUGGGUGUCCUGGGGAUCCGCAGCCCACAAGUGUUCCACUUGCUCCUGGACAUGCUAGACACAGAAAAAAGCCAGUCUAUAAAGAAGAGUCUACAAGAAACACUCACUAUUUUGGCCUCAAUUGAUCCCUGGAUCAAAAACAAGCUGAAAAACAAGGUUUUCUUUGUAUCUGAGUCACCUCUGACCAAGGAGAAGGAAGAGCCUACAAGGUUCAGAGAAGAGAAUGAGAACCUAGAAGAGUUAAAUAUCCAAGACUUUCGACUUGCACAGCUGAGCCCCUUGUUUGUUGCAAAGGCCAGUGCCUCAUCAGACCAACAGGAAAAGUUGAGGGCCCAGAAAAGGUCUCCCUGUUACCUCACCUCUGCCUUCCCUCCCUGUUUCCCUAAACCACUAAACCACAAGUCACAGGCCACAGGGCCUUGGACACCAGAAAUCAGGAAACAGCUUCAGAUCCUUUCCAAAACCUCCAAAUAGGUCAGUUCUUUGGGCCUAGCCCUCACUUCCUGAGGAUGCUUCUCAGGCUCCCCUGAGAAAAUGUCUAUACUUACCCUCGAUGAAUAAAUGAAUGUCACUUCUACCUAUGUUGUUCCUUUCAUCAGAGGCUUCACUGAAACACAGGUCUCCUCACUCUGGGUUGAAGGGACAUGGAGGACAGAACCAAAGCUAUUCUGGAUGACCGGCCUGCCUCCCUAAACCAAGCCCUUGUCUAUAACCAGAACUUAAUAACAAAGCUAGAGAACUGAGCUUCUGGCCCCAGUGGGGGGCGGGGGGAAGGACUGCUGAAGGAAAAAUAGGAGAAAAUCCUGUAAGCAUGAGUCUUGGACCA